AGAUACACCAACCUGCAACUGAAGUUAGUAAGUUGUUAGACUACAAGCGCAAAAGUAUUGCUUCUCAAUGGAAAAAGGAAUUUGACCAAUUUAAAUUAUUGGAGUUAAAAUGUGGUUUUAGGAAAUAAUUUUAAAAAUCGUAUAAUUGGUGUGGAUCAGUCAGUAAGUCAGCAUUAGGAUAUUUAUCAAAGAAAACUGUGAGAAAAUAGAGGGUGAUAAAAAUGGUUGGAAUAAUAACGAAUACAGCUGAAAAUGAUAAGGGCGAUCAUAAAGCUCGAUCAGCUGAAGAUGAUAAAACGCCAGCUGAUUUCGAAAAAGCUAUAUCAACUGCGGGCUUUGGGCGUUUCAAUAUAUUUUUAUUGCUGGUAGCAUGCCCGGCCGCAAUGGCUUCAGUUGUUGAAACGGCCGUUAUAUCAUAUAUCCUUCCCAGUGCAGAAUGCGAUUUAAAUUUGAAUCUUCUUGAUAAAGGCAUCCUAAAUGCCAUAACUUAUUGUGGUAUGAUAAUAUCGGCCAUCGGUUGGGGUUAUUUAUCUGACAAGAAAGGCCGAAAGAAACUAUUGGUGUUUGGUUACCUGAUGGAUGUCAUUUGUGUUCUUUGUGGAGCCAUGAGUCAAAAUGUUACACAAUUAAUGAUUUCGAAAUUCUUUGGUGGUCUUGUUAUGUGUGGACCAUUCGCUGUACUGAUGUCAUAUUUGACAGAAUUCCAUGGUACUGAACAUAGGCCCCGUAUUAUGAUGUUAAUUGGCAUAAUGUUUUCUAUGGCCUCUAUUUUGCUACCGGUUUUAGCAUUGUUAAUUUUGCCAAACGAAUGGAAUUUCCGUGUGUUUAACAUGAACUUCCAUUCCUGGCAAGUUUAUUUUGCAAUUUGUUGCAUACCGAGUCUUUUAAGUGGUAUUCUCUUAACAUUAUUUCCGGAAAGUCCAAGAUUUUUAAUGUCACAAGGUCGAAAUGCGGAAGCUUUAAAAGUUUUCCAAAAAAUAUUUGCCAUUAAUAAAGGACAACCAGCAGAAAAUUAUCCAAUCAAACAUCUUGUCAAUGAAAAUCCCAACCACAAAGACUCUGAUCCCCCAGAUAAUAUUAGUAUAGCAACAAUUGAAGCUGCCAUCACUACUGCCAAAACUGAUAAGGACCAAAAAUCGAAUACAAUCAACAAUAUUGUGCCACCUCAACUAAAAGUGCCUACUGGUUUUAAGCCGCUUUUCUUUAAGCCUUAUUUAGGAAUGUGCAUAAUUGUGAAUGUUUUAAACUUUUUUAUAUUAUUAGGACAAAAUACCAUACGCUUAUGGUUACCUCAGCUAUUCGCAUCAUUACAUGAAUAUGAACAAAUAUCGAGUGAGGCCACCAGCAUGUGUUCGAUUUUAGAAUAUAGUGUUAAUAAGACACAAAUGGUACAAACGGUUCAGAAUCCUGUGGAUAGUUGUGUUGUGGUUAUUACACCUGCGACUUAUACAAAUAAUAUUAUUGUGGCUGUAACAGGACUUAUCGCUUAUUUAGUGGCCGGUUCGCUAAUCAAUGCUUUAGGCAAUAAACGUAUACAAGUUUUUGGUCUCCUAAUUGCUGGUACAAGUGGUAUUGCUCUUUUCUGGUCCUCAUCGGCAUUAACAACACUCAUUAUAUCCUCAUUAUACGUUUGUAUGGGAAGUAUUUCUUCAACAUCGGCUAUCGGAACAUCGGUUAAUUUGUUUCCAACUUCAUUAAGAACUAUGAUUGUUUCAUUAUCAAUGAUGUUUGGUCGUAUGGGUUCCAUUACGGGUAAUGUACUAUUUCCCGUUUUCAUGUCGUUUGGCUGUAUUCCGCCAUUUGUAAUGGUUGGUGCUGUAAUGUACAUUGGAGCUAUUUUAUCUGCUUUACUGCCAAGUACAAAGAAAAUCGAGCUUAAAUAAAAAAGAUUUUCUAUAAUUUAUUUCCUAAAUAGUCUAAUUUGUAUAAAUAAAUAUUAUAAAUAUUGUGUAAAUAUGUCCAUACUUUUUUUACAAAAAUAUGUUUAAUUAAUAUGUUUAAUAUUAGAUUUAUUUAAGAUAAAUAUCACAAAAUAAAAUUGCAAUGUUUAAAAUUCCAACAAA